AAUGAAGUGCAGAUACAGGGAACGUUUUACCGAGCAGGACAACCCCGCUACAAGUCCCAAGGGUAGACCUCCCACACCCAUCCCUUCAUCUCCCAAUCUAAGCGCAGGACAGACCAGGCCAAAAAGUCCGCUCUGAAGCCCCUAGCUUAAGGUCACCUCCAUCACGCCCAAGAUGGCGGCCGGGCAGAGGCCUGAGGUGGAGGGACUUAGUCAUGUGACCACAGCGGGCUCUGACGUGGCGCUAUCUCUCCGGUCCGCGCUACUUGUCCUUUUCGGCGCCCCGUCGGCGUCUCCUUCCGUCCCAACCUCCGGCCCGAAUGGCGGCGCCCAUCGGCCAUGGCUGCAACGGCGCCCCCGGCCCACGCCACUGGGCCUCGCUCUUCCUGCUCUUGGCGGCGGCGGCGGCGGCGGCGGCUGCAGCGGGCGGUAGUGACGGUGACCACGCCGUGGAGUUUGACGUGCGGCCCGGCGGGGUGGUGCACUCCUUCUCGCAGAGUCACGCCAAGGCGGGAGAGCACACCUGCACAUUCACAUAUGCUUCUCAAGGAGGGACUAAUGAGCAAUGGCAAAUGAGCCUGGACCUCAGUGAUGACAACCGACUUCUCACCUGCAUCAUUUGGAGGCCUCAAGGAAAGUCUUACCUGUUCUUUACUCAGUUUAAGGCAGAAGUGCAAGGAGCAGAGGUUGAAUAUGGGAUGGCUUAUUCCAAAGCUUCAACUGGGAAAGAUGCUGACAUUCCCCUGAAACCCGAAGAAUUUGAAGUGACCAACACAGCAGUGAUCCACAGGCAAGGGGCAUUCCGAGCUGAACUGUCCAAAGUCGUGAUAGUGGCCAGAAUAGGCCAUGUUGAACUGUGAUCUGAAGCCCGGCCUGAAGUUUAUCUCGUCUUGUCUCUACUAGAGUGACCAGAGGGGUUCCCAUAUUAUGUGCUGGUUUUCUAGGGGGUAUUUUUAUGGUUUGCCACACAGAUGUCUACGUUGCUGUACUUGGAGUGUUAGAGCCAGGACUCAUUCCAGGUUUCAGAGGGAGCAAAGCUCUGAAGCCUCUCUUGUGGGCAAGCUGGAGUGGCCCAGAUCCCUGGUCUGCCCCCAUACAGCCUGCCACUGCUUUUCUUUCCAUACCUCAUGGCACUUUUGUUCCAAACAAGACUCCUUUGAUUCUUCCUUACAAGGGGAUGUAAGGAGGUGGGACUAAAGCAAGUGGUCCCAAAGGGGCCUCAAUUUCACCUCAGUAUCACAGGGGCAGACUUGCUUUCUUGCCCAGAUGGGUGCCUCUGUCCAGGGAGGGCAUAGCCCAUUUUGUCUCCAGAGGAGGGGGAUCCAGCCAUCUGCUGCCCACAUCAGGCCUGAAACUAUCAAUGUGGGGAAGGGCAAGGGCAGCUUGAUUCUGACAAACAGAAAUCCAGCCAACUUUUUCUGUCUCUUACUACAACUUCAGAGCUAUUUUCCUACGUCUCCCUCAUUUAUUUCCUUAUAGACUGAUUGUGAAGGGAAUACAAUAUUCUUUCAUGUCUAAAUAAAUAAGGGAGGGAAAGGCUAAAAA